AGCGGGGGCGGCGGAGACCUUCGCGGGAAGUGGAGGCGGCGGCGGGCGGGGUCGGGCCGAAUCCUCAUGAGCCUGUCUAGCUGGUGGUGAAUGGGGGCUUUGGGGCCUUUAUAGUGGACUCCUCAAGGAAGUCCCUUCAAGACCAAUGGAUGCAUUCACGAGCUCGAGUCUCAAGAGGAAGUUUGAAGAUGUGGAUGUGGGCUCUUCCAUUUCUAACUCAGAUGAUGAGAUCUCUAGCAGUGACAGUGCUGACAGCUGUGACAGCCUUAACCCUCCUAGCACUGCUGGCUUCACACCCACAUCUAUCCUGAAGCGGCAGAAACAACUCCGGAGGAAGAAUGUGCGCUUCGAUCAGGUGACAGUGUACUACUUUGCCAGGCGCCAGGGCUUCACCAGCGUGCCCAGCCAAGGCGGGAGUUCUCUGGGCAUGGCCCAGCGCCACAAUUCUGUGAGAAGCUACACGCUCUGUGAGUUUGCUCAGGAGCAGGAGGUCAACCACCGGGAGAUCCUCCGUGAGCACCUGAAAGAGGAGAAGCUUCAUGCCAAGAAAAUGAAGCUGACCAAGAAUGGCACUGUGGAGUCGGUGGAGGCUGAUGGCCUGACACUAGACGAUGUGUCAGAUGAGGACAUUGAUGUGGAGAAUGUAGAAGUGGAUGAUUACUUCUUCCUGCAACCUCUGCCCACCAAGAGGCGCCGGGCCCUGCUGCGGGCCUCUGGUGUCCACCGCAUUGAUGCCGAGGAGAAGCAAGAGCUUCGGGCCAUCCGACUUUCCCGGGAGGAGUGUGGCUGUGACUGCCGGCUGUACUGUGACCCAGAGGCGUGUGCCUGUAGCCAAGCUGGGAUCAAGUGCCAGGUGGAUCGCAUGUCCUUUCCAUGUGGCUGUUCCCGAGAUGGUUGUGGAAACAUGGUGGGGCGUAUUGAGUUUAAUCCAAUCCGGGUGCGGACUCAUUACCUCCACACUAUCAUGAAACUGGAGCUGGAGAACAAGCGACAGGGGAGCCGUCCAUCAGCCGCGGAAGAGGAGCUACCCUCAGCCUCCGGGGGUGGCCUGCCAGGCACUCAAGACUCAGAGACGCAGGACUUUCAGGAAUUCAUCGCUGAAAACGAGACUGCUGUGAUGCACCUGCAGAGCGCCGAGGAGCUGGAGAGGCUCAAAGCAGAAGACUCCAAUGGCUCCAGUGCCAGCCUGGACUCUAGCAUCGAGAGCCUAGGUGUGUGCAUCCUAGAGGAGCCCCUUUCAGCUCCUGAAGAGCUGUGCCCAGGCCUUACUGCCCCCAUCCUCAUCCAAGCCCAGCUUCCGCCAGGCUCAUCAGUCUUAUGCUUCGCUGGGAACUCCGAGCACUCAGCUGCCCCGAUGCUGAAUGAACCCUCUUACUUGAACAAUGGCCCUGUGGUCUAUUACCAGGUGGAGCAAAGGUCAGUCUUGGGAAUGAAGGAGGAACCUGAUUCAGAAGCAUCUGAAAUUCCCCCUUCAUUUCCCAUAGAAAAGGAUUUGAGUGUCUUUUCUCUCCCUGCUACCUCAUUGGUGGCCUGUAGCCCCACAGACCCAGCUGCCCUCUGUAAACCAGAGGUGGGGAAAACGCCCACUUCAGAAUCCUUACUGCCAGAAAGCUGUAACCCUGAAGGGCCUGAAUGUGAUGAUUUCCACCCUACCUGGUCCCCACCAAACCUUCCAUUCCGCACAGACAGUGAGGAAGGCUGUGGGGUAGAACAGGCCUCAGGUGGGGUCUGUGAUCAGGAUCAGCCUCCUAAGGACUCAUCUCUGGCACUGCCUCUGCCAGUGUGACCUGAGGGACACUGUCCCUCUCCCAAUCUCUAUUUAUUCACUUAUUUUAUCUAAUACUAUUUUAAAACAAAACCGAAAGAAGCCACUGCUGCUCCCAAGUUAUUUUGUUGGAGUCUGUGGAGAAUGGCGGGUGGAGAGGAUAUGUGGGGGUGGGGGGUGGGAGAUGGUGUUUGUACAGAUAUUUUAAAAGACAGACACAAGGAGACCACACUCCAGCUUUUGAUCCCUUGAAGGGUCUUGGUGCACAGGGGACUGUGUUGUCUUAAAACUUUUGAGAUUUAUGGGCCAUUGGAAGGAAGAGGCAGAGAUCUCGCAGGAAGGACUGGGUGACUCAAGCCAUUCUUUCUGAGGGGACCAGAAUAUGUGAAUCUUUGAACAGCAUGGCACAUAAAGUGUCCCUUCCCUUAAAUUUCCCUUCCUCCUAAGGGGCCAGAUAAAAGUUCAUUUCCAUCCAUUAUUGGUCCAACACUUCUUAUAGAGGAGUCUGAUACUUCUGAUUUGAAUGUCUCGUGGUUCCCCAUUCCAAGAGAGGAAAAGGCCAGAAUAGACUUUCUGCUAUAGAAACCUCAGUGAUUUAUAGAAACAGCCCACCCUCCCUUUUGGCUAACAGGUUAAUCUUUGAAACGUUGACAUUCUGACCUACUUCCUGGUUGAGAUCCCUGGACCAUCACUUGAAUUAUUUUUCCUGUAGGUCCUACAGGGGAGCUUAUGUUGGGGCUUUUCUGUCAGUGCCCCACCCUUGUGGACCUUCUUCCUCUUUGUCUGACACACACAUAACUCUGCCAGGAGGCAUUAGGUUAGGUCUUUCUCACUGGGGCAGCAGGCCCAAGCAUUUGGGCUCUCUUUGCAUUCUUGGGGAACAAUGCCUGAAUUUGUGUGAUGCCUGUUUUCCCAAUCAGGAUUUUCUUUGGGGAAUCUGGUGUGGUUAGUGGGGCGUAGAAUGUGGCCAGCAAGGUCUACAGUUAAAAGUUUCUGUUCCCCUUUUUCUAUGAUUAUAACACCAGCCCUUCUUGGGACAAGGGAUCAAGGAAGAGGAAGGCCUUUACACUCCAGUCCACUCUAGGAAUUGCAUUGCAAAUGUCCACUGGGUCCCUUAAGCUUAGAUGAUACUUUUAGUUCUUCUUAAAAGCAAAAGAACGAGCCAGUUGUGAGGUGAUAUGUUGUGAGAUCUCAAAUGCUAACAGUUCUAGAUUUGAAAAGAUUUUGUAGAGUAAGAUUAAGAUGCAGCCCCUUGCCAAAGCAGAGGAUGAAAAGGCUAUUUCUGUCUCUUGUGCUCUAAGACCUUGCUCCUUAGACUACCAAUGAAUCCUCCUUAUAAGUAAUGAUUACCUCUUUUCUUAAAGAGGAAGAAAUAAAAACACUACUUUGGUCUCUGUUAUCCCCAGCUGCCCCAAUGUGGUUAGCAAAAAGUAAAGAAAAACAUGAAGAACCUGUGCUACACACGAGUUUUGUCUGCCUGCCUUCUUUCAGAGGCUGGUGGUUUAAAUGUAAUGUUUAUCUACAGCAUUUCAGCUAUGACCUGUUACUUUGGCUGUUAACUGAGUCUGAAGCACUUGUAUUUAAUAAUUAUGCUCAUUUCAGCCCAUUCUGCAGUUUCCUACAUUCUUAAUUUUUCCUGCCUUGUCUAACCAAGUAUGGCAUUCCUUCCCUGAAAUACUGUUUCAUGACUUGGUGCAUUUUCCCCUAAUAAAGAGUUAGACCCACUAGUCAACCUUGAGCUACCUUUACCUGGUGCCAUCAAUUUACAGGGACUGGGUUACAAGUACACUUCCUUCUCCAGACAAGAAAGGAUCAUUCUGUAAUUUCCAGUACCAGGUCAGGAGGGAUGGAUGCUGGAUCUGGAAAACGUUUUUCCUUCAGAGGUAGUCCAGUCCCCAUUGUACCCCAGAGCUUCUGUCUGGAAAAUUACUUCUUCAUGCAGUACCACUUUUUUUCUCUAAACAAACAAAAUCCUGUAUUCCUUAAACACAUUGGCCCUUCCCUUUUGAUGGCUAAAUUAACUGUCUUGCUGAGCAGUGAGCCUUGUCUACCAACCAGCCCAUCUUGUUUCUGGUGCUACUUGAAUUGAA